AUGGACAGCGAGGGCAGGAAAGUGGUGGUCUGCGACAACGGGACGGGGUUUGUCAAGUGUGGCUUUGCGGGCUCCAACUUCCCGGACCACAUCUUCCCCGCCAUGGUGGGUCGCCCGGUCAUCCGGUCAACCACCAAAGUGGGCGACAUCGAGAUCAAGGAUCUGAUGGUGGGCGACGAAGCCAGCGAGUGCCGCUCCAUGCUGGAGGUGUCGUACCCCAUGGAGAAUGGAAUGGUUCGCUGCUGGGACGACAUGCUUCACCUGUGGGACCACACCUUUGGAACAGAGAGGCUGGACAUCGAGCCUUCUCAGUGCAAGAUCCUGCUGACGGAACCGCCGAUGAAUCCCACGAAGAACCGUGAGAUGAUCACUGAGGUCAUGUUCGAGAAGUACGGCUUCCACGGGAUAUACGUGGCCAUUCAAGCUGUGCUAACGCUGUACGCUCAGGGUUUGCUGACCGGGGUGGUUGUCGAUUCGGGCGACGGCGUCACUCACAUUUGUCCGGUGUACGAGGGCUUCUCCUUGCCGCACCUGACGCGCAGGCUGGACAUCGCCGGGCGUGAUAUUACGCGUUAUCUCAUCAAGCUGCUGCUCCUGCGCGGCUACGCCUUCAACCACUCGGCCGACUUCGAGACGGUUCGCAUGCUGAAGGAGAAGCUGUGCUACGUCGCGUACAACAUCGACCAGGAGCAGCGUCUCGCUACGGAGACUACAUACCUAGUGGAGUCCUACACGCUACCCGACGGCCGGCAGGUCAUGGUCGGGGGCGAGAGGUUCGGCGCCCCGGAAGCCCUCUUCCAGCCUCACCUGAUCAACGUGGAGGGGGCGGGCGUGGCCGAACUGCUCUUCAACACCAUCCAAGCGGCCGACAUUGAUCUCAGGGCGGACUUCUAUAAGCAUAUUGUCCUCUCCGGUGGGAGCACCAUGUACCCUGGACUCCCAUCCAGACUGGAGCGAGAGAUCAAGCAGCUUUACUUGGAGAGGGUCCUGGACGGAGACACGCAAAAAUUGGCUAAGUUCAAGAUCCGGAUCGAGGACCCGCCUCGCCGCAAACACAUGGUGUUCCUGGGCGGCGCAGUGCUAGCCAACAUCAUGAAGGACAAGGAAUCCUUCUGGCUGAGCAAAGCCGAGUACCAGGAGAGCGGCCUCGGCGUGCUACAGAAACUUGGAGGUGGUGUUAGAUGA